AGGGAGCAGACGUACUAGUCAUCGAUUGUAAGCAAGUGCAUUCAUUCGAAGAUUGAGGAAUAAAAUAGGAUUGCGUGGAAAGAUGACAUUAUCAGCAGCCAGAUUUACAAUAUUGUUCUCGUUGCUUUCCUGCUGUCCGAUAUUCAUUGACGCGCAGUAUGAAGGUGAUCGAUGCACUAUUGAUGGCUCACCCGGUAUCUGCGUAAUCCUUGACGAAAAGAAGUGUCCGUCAGUUUAUCAAGAUUUGCUGGCAGGGAUCAUUCCAUCUUCAUGUGGAUACAAAGGCUACGAACCGAUCAUAUGCUGCCCAACUAACAGAUUUAGUACUUCUACAACCACACGUAGACCUACAACUAGAACUACUACUACGACUACAACAACAACAACAACAACAACAACUUCUCCAAACAUCGAUGAUCGACCAUCGUUUAAUCGCACAGGAGCCAAAGCAAGAGCGAAAUGCGAGGAGUAUGCCAAAUCCGUGUUCACGCUCGUACAGGCUCCAAUUCUGAUAGGCUCCACUUCUGACCGGAAGCUGCUGGUGAACGUGUCUUUAUGCGGGAUUAAGACUCGCAAGCUGAUCGUCGGUGGUACGGAUGCCGAUCCAAAGGAAUUCCCGCAAAUGGCUGCGAUCGGUUAUGACAGCAGGGACGGUGUCGUCUGGCAAUGCGGUGGCACGUUAAUCUCCGAAAGAUUCGUUUUAUCCGCCGCGCACUGCGCCUCCAGCAUCGUAUGGGGCAAAGCAAAUUGGGUACGAUUAGGCGAUUUGAAUCUCAAAAGAACGGACGACGAUGCGAGACCGCAAGAUCUUCAAAUUGUUCAACGAAUAAGGCACCCUAAGUACAGCAUCCGAUACUCGUACCACGAUAUCGCGCUUUUCAAAUUAGAAAAAGACGUAAAAUUUAACGCCUACAUAAGGCCCAGUUGCUUGCCGUAUUCCUCGCCGGAUGUUGAUACCGAUGGUAAAGCAACUGCGACCGGAUGGGGAGCCGAUGAAUAUCUUGGCGAUCCAACGAACAAUUUGUUGAAAGUAACGAUUAACUUGGUAUCCCACUCGACCUGCAAUAGAUCUUACGGAUAUGACAAUAAGUUGCCACGUGGGAUCGUAGACGAGUGGCAAAUUUGCGCUGGUGAAAACGGAAAGGAUACUUGUCAGGGUGACAGUGGAGGGCCUCUCAGCAUCUUCAAUCCCGAUUACUACUGCAUGUAUAACUUAAUCGGUGUAACAAGCUUCGGAAUAGUUUGCGGUGGGAAUGUUCCCGGUGUGUAUACCCGCGUGUAUAAUUAUAUUUCGUGGAUAGAAAGUAUAGUGUGGCCAGACUCCUGAUACAAAUGUACAAUAAAUAUAUUUUUGUAUUGACUU